UGAGGAACUCGCACACUAUACGGCCGACCUGGAGCCCGCAGUUCGUGACCUCAUUCGACAGUACCACGAGGUUUUCCCAUUGCCGUUCUCGUACACUAGCAUCCCACCGAUGCGAGACGUCGAGCACUCCAUCCAGCUUGUGCCUAACUAUCGUGUUCACCACCAGGCACCCUACAGACACUCGAUCCCCGAGGCCACUGAACUCAAGCGUCAGCUUGAGGAGCUCUUGAGACUGGGUUUCAUUAAGCCCAACAACUCCUUGUGGGGUGCACCCGUCCUCUUUGCUCGCAAAGCGGAUGGAACUCUCCGUCUCUGCAUUGACUAUUGCGGUUUCAACCGCUACACGGUUAAGAACAACUACCCCAUGCCUCAUUCCGACGAGCUGUUCGACCGCUUAGCAGGCAAUCGCCUCUUUACGAAAAUUGAUCUUCGUAGCGGUUACCAUCAGAUCCGCGUCGCUGCAGCCGACCAGCCGAAGACAGCGUUCCGAUCCCGCUUCGGCCACUACGAGUUCACGGUGAUGCCAUUCGGCCUCACCAACGCACCCGCUACCUUUCAGAGGGCGAUAAAAGGUGACUUUGGAAGAAAUCAGUCUGCCUUCCUAUGCGGCUAUCAUGACUUCAGUCUCAUGAAGAGGUGGGACGAGAAGGCGAUGUGGAGCAUGUUGCCAAUGUUUGUCUGCAAAGAGUUGAGUGAGGAGGUGUAUACCCUUAUGAUAAAGUCGCAGACCUGGGAUGAGCUGGAAAGUUCUCUGAAGUUGCGAUUUCCAGAGGAUGGAGCGGAAGACCAGCUUGGUGAAGGCCUUGAGCAACCAGCUGGGGUUACAUCAAUACAAGGAGAGUUGAGCGGUAUACAGAGGCAAGUUGGGAUGUUAGAAGAGAGGUUGACGCGAUUGGAAGAAGCCAAGCGUGGCAGAAGGAAGGCCUCUGAAGGAGCAUCGAGUGGGCCGGCUGGGCAGAACAAGGCAGAGGCAAGGGAAAAUCAUCAGAAGUUACUCCUCCACAAGGGAACCUCGAAGGGGUGAGCCUGCGCCCCGGAAAGAGGCGAAGGCGAGGGAUUCAUUGAGAUAAUGGGGGAGCGGGGAGCUAGUGCGGCCCUGCCUGUCAUUCUAUGACUAGUAAUUUAUUGCUAUACUGUCUAAUGCUAUACUGUCGAAGAGUUCUGAACUACGUUAUCCUGACUAUGACUCAUAAUGACUGUAAUUUAUUGCUAUACUGUCUAAUGCUAUACUGCCAACAAAAAUCAACCAGCCAAAUAACUAGUAGCACCUGAAAUUUCUGAACUACGUUAACCAGACUAUGACUGUAAUUUAUUGCUAUACUGUCUAAUGCUAUACUGCCCAACAGCUCGGCUAAUGAGUGCCCCAAUCACUCCUCCCUCCCCCAAUACUAUUUAAUGGCAAAUGAAAUCAUAAUUAAUAA